GGGGGGGAAAUUUAAAAACGUAAUUUGAUGCUCGUUAGACUUUUGCUUAUUAUCGUUGAAAAGGAUUUUAAAUUUGUACUUACCACUGUCAUUAAGGCCUUUUUUUUUUUUCCUUUUCAUUCUUUAAUUUGUAAGGCUUUAUUUUCAGCCAGGUCAUCUGCAAAUACCUGGGUUAAGCUGCAGCGUGCUCGACAAUUUUACACUUCCACACCUUUGACUUUUCGCAUGUGUACAUUUUCGCGCUUUCACCCUUUUUGCAUUCUCCCAUUUUUGCGCAGUUCCAUAAUUUGCAGUUUUGUGCGGAGAAAUAAGCACAAUUCGGUCUACCUAUCACCAAAGGUACGCUUUUUAUUUUUUUGUUGAAUUGUUUUACUUACGUUUUUGAAGUAACGAGGAGGUAUAUAUUUCCCCCUUUUCCCGUGCUUAAAAAAAAUGCUGCCUUGAAAUUUUUCCUCUGAAAAUUUUUCCCCUUUGUCAAGCAUUUGCCCGUUAAAAUUUCAUCAGUGUAAUUUAAGUCUAUUUGAAUAAAUUAGCUCUAGCAUUUGUGUAAUCAAAUGUCUGUCUAAAAAUAAAAACAAGUCUAUCCAUUUGCCAAUUCUGCCAAUUGUUUCUUUUUAAAAAAAAAAAAAAAAAAUGAUUAGCAAUGAAGAAUAUUGCGUGCCUAAAAAGAUUUUAUCUAUAUCUGCGACGGCACUCACGAUAAUACUCCUAAUAUUCACCAUCGUCAACGAGUACAAAUAUGUCACGUAUUCGAAAGAAUUGAGGCCCAUAAUAAAGAACGCCAUACCGGUUUCCUGCAUCCCGUUAGAGGAAAACAAUGGAAAAAUCAUACAUAUAAACUGCCCGCUACAAGACCAGGAAAUAUUUUACGCACCACCGGAAUUCAGCAGUAACAUCUACUCAUUUCGAGGCGUGUUCUUCGAAAUAAAAGUGGAGAUGUACCAGUGGGUGAGGGGGUAUGGGUACUUGGGAUUUAGAAAAAAUCCCGAAUACAUGCCGGCCGUCGGAAAUGUGGGGAGAAAGUAUGCCAAUUAUGCGAAAGCUGGGGGUUAUAGACUCCCUACGAACGCUCUGAUAAACUUUCAAAAGAAAAAAAAGUUGGACUUAGUGGAUGACGGCUGGUUCACCGAGUCGGAAAUAAAACCUCCCUUUACCCUGGACCAUUUAAACACAAACGUUUAUGAUAAUUAUUUGUACACUGGAGAUCCUCUGAACCCACAAGUCGGGGAUGUGCGCGUAUCCUUUUACGGAAGCGCGUCUACGCACGCGACGGUGAUAGGAGUCCAGCGGUCGCGGCUGCUGAAUACGAUUUUUGAAAUUGAAGGAGUUGACAUCAUGAAGAAGAAAGUCGUCUUACUUUCGGAGGACAACAAAAUAAUGAUCAACCAGACGAAGGAUUUUAUCCACAGGAAUUACGGCAACAUUAAGGCGUUGUGGCUGAUACGGCUGAUUACCUACGCGAUGGUGUCCUUUCAGAUAUUUUCUCUCCUCGACUGCUCGCGGAACGCCCUGUGGAAACUGAGCACAAGUCUACUCAUGUCUGGAAUGGUGCUGUCCGUCUUCCCCUGCAUUUUCUGGUUUUUCUGCGAUACAGUAGUAUUUUUAUUCCUAUUCGUGUUUCUCUUUUUCCUGUCCGUGUGUUUGUUUUUCAUUUACAACAACGACAUGUACGGUGGCUACACCGAAAUGAAGAAUUACAUGAAGAAAGCCGCCACAGAACCCACGAAUUAUACGUUUUUAGAUGUAGCCAAUGCCUGCUCAGAUAUAUAUGAGGAUUAUGAUGAUGUAGAGAAGGACAAAAUCAACACCGUUUUUGAGUCCAGCAGCGAUGGUUCUUUUUACAACUCCGUCGACAAGCAUAACUUGUCCAAGUUUGAUUCUUCCCCCGCCGGGAUGUAUCACUAG